AUGGAUCAGUCUAGUUUGGCUAAAUUGAAGGUUCCGACAAAAUCGCAAUCCACAGGUCGCGCCAAAAGCUGUACUUGCUGUCGCCAGGCCAAGGUUGCUUGCGACGCGCGAAAGACCCGAACCGGCCAAUGUUCUCGGUGUAGGUCAAAGCAGCUGGACUGUCGAUUUGAUGCCAAUUUCAAGCGUAUAUCGACAAGGAGAAUUACAGAAGAAAUUAGUCAAGAGUUGCACGCUUUGCGCUCUAGCGAAGAUGCUUCUUAUGGAAAGCCAUCUAUUGUGGAAACAGCCACAUCUUCUCAGAGUAUCUCGGACGGCAACACGCCAUUGUCUAUGAAGCCUGCGCGGGGCCUGGCUUCGGUAUGGCUUAAUAUUACGGACAGCGACUCGGUCUGUUCUUACGCCUUGGGCACUCUUAAUCUUGAUGCUCAGACUACCACUGAACUAUUUCAAUAUCCCCUGUCUUCAGGUGGACAGCAAAACAUGUGGCCCGGCUUCGGCCUCGUGCCUGAGUGUGAAGUAGAUGAGGUGGACCAGGCUUGGACAUGGCUAGGUUGCUUCCGAGUGGGAACUUCAAUUGCUGCAAUUUCUGGCUUUCAUUCGUCAAUAUCGCAACAGCACAUGAAGUCCAUUGAUGAAGCUCUGAAUAACACGUCGAAUCGAGUUCCUCCAUGGUGGAAGGUCCUAAUCACAAUCAUCAAGAUUACGGUCUCCGCGAUUGACACUCUAAGCAAUAUAGAUGACCGCGCUCUACACUUCUCGACCACUGAGAUAUUUAACGAGCAGCUAAACAAGCUCAAAGAGGCGAAUCAUGACUCGUGGGGACCAGAAUUAGAGAUUGAGUGGUGCAAUACCAAAUUGCACGUCUUUGCUCUAACGUUUACCUUACCAGCAAAUACAGAUCCUAAUUCAGAUGCGCAUUGGAGGAUUUUUCGCCAAACGAUUCUUCUGAAAGCAUUUGACGCUGCUUCAAGUCUCGUCACUCACUUCACGAAACUUGGACAGGACCAUGUUUCGGAUCUGCAUCCCAAUAGCCAACUGAGAACCAUCCCUGAGCCAUAUUUUACGGAACUAUUCAAUGCGACGACUUUCCUCUUCAGGUUCAUGGCAACUUUUAUGGCAAUCACACCCACUCAGAGAAAUAAAGCGAUGGGUUUAAUUAUAGAAUCGCACAAAAUCUUCCAUUCAUUUCCGGAGCGUAGAGAACUCACACGAGCUGCUAUUCACAUCGAGGCCCUUAUUGAUACUCUGAAACAAGGAGUUCCUGUAGGGAUGAGCGAGCUGACUGUGAAAAACAAGCUAGGAGCGUCUGUUAUGUUUGACGCAAUCUUUCACGCAUGUCGCCAGAGGAACAUUGACUCGAAGACGGGAAAGCCGUUGGCACUGCAGCAAUGGAAAACGGUUACCGAAACUUUUUCCGAGAGACUCCCAGAAACUAUUGUGCGAAAAGAAAGAAGCGAGGUUCAGCAAUAUGGCUCUAGGGACGAUGCUGAGCAGAACAAGGAAAUCAUGGCUCUCGCAGAGCUGAACACGCAGUGGUGGGAAGAGUGGGAUAAUUAUAUCAAUCUUAACCAAAUUGGAGAUGAGCAGCUAGAUAUUAUUUGA